UAUGCGAAACUGAAAAUUGUGGUUUAAGGCAAACGGAACCUCUGUGUGUGUACGUGUGACGAACACAGCUCGAAGUUUUCUCUCUGCUAAUUUUCCGGGGAAGUUUUUGCUUGAUUUUCCUGAGAAAAUUGUUCUGAUUCCGUCAUUACGAUUGCAAGGUCAAAAUUCCGAGCUCUGUUCUGCAUAUUACUAUAUUGUUGUCUGUGUUUGGGCGAAGAGAAAGUUUCAAAAUCGUUUCAAAUUUCUUCGGAUUCUACUUUUUUUUGCUUGAUUUAGGGUUUUCUCUUCCGAAUUGGGGGGUUUUCAUCGAUUCCAGAAGGAGUAUAGUGUUUCCGAGAACGGUCGCGGAUUUUAAAGCCUUUUACAAUUCGAUUUAUUGAGGUUUUUUGUUGAAGGUUUAAGAUUGGGGGUUCAAUGUGAAAUUAGGGUUUGGUUUAUUGAAAUCGAAGGCUGAGCUCGUCGAAUUGGAUGAUUAGAAUAUGAUAAUCAAACGUCCGGAGAAAUUGGAAAUGCCGAAUCUGAAACGCUGCACGCUCGAAGAUCCCGAACCUCAAGCCUUUGAGUUUUCCGAUAACCCGAAGAAGCGGAAAACAACUGGGUACGAUGGAGCGGGCAAUGGCGAGGCGGAGGAUUUCAGCAGCGGUUCGGGUUCUUCGCACAAUGACGAGCCGUUUUGGCCCGCGAGGGAGGGACCGUCGAAUUUAGAGCGGUUGAUUAAUCAACGAGCAGUUAUGGCGAAAGAGAAGAUGAAUCAACGACAAUCUUUGGCUAAAGAGAAAACGGAGAAACCGGCAUUGAACCGGAGCUUCGGGACGGUACGGAGGUCGAAGCGGGGGCGCAUUCAAGUGCCUCCUUCGAGGUUUAGUGAUUCAGUUUUUGGUGUAAAUAACAGUAGCAAAACUAAUUUUGACGAAAGGGCAACGACAUUUGAUGACGAAGGUUUUCAUGAAGUUUUAGUAGAAGAAGAAGAUACAGAGGGAAUUGAGAAAUUGGGUUUUGUGAAAAAGAGCAAGGAGGAUAUUAACCGGCAAAAGAAUUCAAAAUUUUCGAAGAAAAAGUCAAAGAAGUUUGAAUAUGUUGGGAAGGAAGAACCAGAAGAAAAUGAAGUGGAUUGUAUAGGGUUUAAGGAUUUUGAUUGUAGAGGUGAUUUUAGUUCAGGGGGCAUGGACAGACAGAAAAAUGCCAAUUGUGCAAAGAAGAAAGAAGUAUAUAAGCCGCAGGACUUUGCUUUGGGUGACGUUGUUUGGGCUAAGUCUGGGAAGAGCUACCCGGCAUGGCCGGCUGUGGUUAUCGAUCCCAUUUUGCAGGCUCCCAAAUCAGUUCUGAGCUGCUGCGUUCCAGGUGCCAUAUGCGUGAUGUUCUAUGGGUUCUCAAUGACGACAAAUGGAUCACAGAGGGAUUAUGGGUGGGUGAAGCAGGGAAUGAUAUUCCCCUUUACGCAGUUCUUGGACAGAUUUCAGGGUCAGACCCAGUUGUACAAGAGCAAGCCUAGUGAUUUUCAGAUGGCUAUAGAGGAGGCGUUGUUAGCAGAAAAUGGAUUUCUGGACACAAGCUUCGGGAGUUAUACAACUGAUCCAGAGGCAAAUCCUGCCCAAUUUCGAGAGGCUAAUGGUUUUUAUGAAGAUCAGGAAUAUUACACUCAGAACCAGGAGGCAUAUCCUAAAGAUGCAAAAGCUUGUGACUGUUGUGGUUUGGUUACUCCCUCUAAAGCUAUGAGAAGAAUGAAGGGCUCAAGUUUGUGCACACAUUGUUUCAAGUUAAAAAAAUCAAAGCAAUAUUGUGGCAUAUGCCUGAAGAUAUGGCACCACUCUGAUGGUGGGAGUUGGGUAUGCUGUGAUGGUUGUGAUGUAUGGGUGCAUGCCGAGUGUGACAAAAUUUCCAGUAAAGUUUUAGAGGACCCAGAGCACACUGAUUACUAUUGCCCUGCUUGCAAAGCGAAGUCCAAGUGUUGUUCGUCAGGUUUGGUAAAACAUCAGCAAAAAUCCGGUUCUACGCCCAACUUUCAGAAAUCUUCUAAGUCAAAUGUCCAGAAAUCUUCUACACCAAAUGUUCAGAAAUCUUUUGCGCCAAAUGUCCAGAAAUCUUUGAUUCCUGAGGAGGUAGCUGUGGUUUGUAAUGGAAUGGAAGGAACGUAUAAUCCAAAACUGCAUAUCAUUGUUUGUAAGUGUGGUUCAUGUGGGUCAAGGAUGCAGACACCUAGUGAAUGGGAAAAGCACACAGGCUGCAGAGCCAAAAAAUGGAAGCAUAGUGUGAAAGUGAAGGCCACAAUGCAACCACUGGAAAAAUGGAUUGAAGACUAUAAUAAACAUGGCUGGAAUCCUGUCAAGUUAGUUAAGCAGCAACUAAUUGCUUUAUUGCAAGAAAAGUACGAGCCAGUUAAUACAAAGUGGACAACGGAAAGAUGUGCUGUUUGUAGAUGGGUUGAAGAUUGGGAGGAUAAUAAAAUUAUUAUAUGCAACAGGUGUCAAAUAGCUGUGCACCAAGAAUGCUAUGGAGCAAAUGAUGUGCAGGAUUUUACAUCAUGGGUUUGUAGAGCAUGUGAAACGCCCGAUGUCAUUAGACAGUGUUGCCUUUGUCCUGUAAGAGGAGGUGCUUUGAAGCCUACUGAUGUUGACACCUUGUGGAUUCAUAUCACUUGUGCUUGGUUUUGUCCUGGAGUUGGUUUCUUGGAUCAUGACAAAAUGGAACCUGCAGUAGGAAUCCUUAGAAUCCUACCAUCUACAUUUUUGAAGCGCUGUACAAUCUGUAAGCAGAUUCAUGGUUCCUGCACCAAGUGUCGCAAAUGUGAAACUGGUUUUCAUAUAAUGUGUGCAUCAAGAGCAGGCUACAGCAUGGAAGUGCACAGUCUAGAGAAGAAUGGCAUACCAAUAACAAGAAAGUUGAUAUAUUGCCCAUUUCAUAGCCCCCCAAAUCCAGAUGCUGUUGUAGUUGUUCAUACUAAUUCAGGGGUUUUCGCUGCCAGAGGCUCGCUUCAAAAUCAGAAGGGGUGCUUCAGAGUUGCAAGGGCAGUGCCAUCAGAGAGCACUGAACUUCCAGAAUCAGAACCUUCGACCUCAGAGACUAACGAGUUUGAACCGCUCUCUGCUGCAAGAGGCAGUGCUUUUAAAAGAUCAAAUUUUAAGGGAGGCGAACGGCUGCCAGUAUUCCACCGACCAAUGGGGCCAACACGUCAUUCCUUGGGCACAAUAAAUAGCUUGAGUACAUUUGAAGAAGCAGAAGAUUCUAAAGUUUUUUCCUCCUUCAAGGAUCGCCUUUUCUACUUACAGAAAACUGAGAAUCAUCGUGUUUGUUUUGGUAAAUCUGGAAUACAUGGAUGGGGCCUAUUUGCUCGUAGGAAUUUUGAAGAAGGAGAAAUGGUUGUUGAGUAUCGCGGAGAGAAGGUGAGGCCGAGCGUUGCAGAUAUGAGAGAAGCACGAUACAGACGUGAAGGCAAAGACUGCUAUCUCUUCAAGAUCAGUGAGGAAGUAGUAAUUGAUGCUACAAGCAAGGGAAAUAUAGCACGCUUAAUCAACCAUUCGUGCAUGCCCAACUGCUAUGCAAGGAUUAUGAGUGUCGGUGAUGAAGACAGCCGGAUUGUUCUCAUUGCUAAGACCAGUGUGGCCACCGGUGAAGAACUAACGUACGAUUACUUGUUUGAUCCGGAUGAACUUGAUGAGCUGAAAGUUCCGUGCCUCUGUAGAGCACCCAACUGUCGAAAAUUUAUGAAUUAAACAACAGUUCAUACAUUUCUUGCUCCCAAUUCAUGUCUGCAGAGCUCGAACCCGUCUCCUAACCAUUUAGGAUACCAUUUUUUUUCACCUGAGCUUGUAAUUUUCGGUUUCUUUACUGCGAUUCGUGUUGUAACCACAGAGUAACAGAAUAAAACUGUAAAUUCCCUUCUAUGGCACAGAUUUUAUUCGAGAAAUUUGUUGAGCU